CCAAGCCAUUUCGAAUUCCUCCACCUUCUUCUUCUUCGUCGUCUUCUUCCUCUCUACAGUAGAGAUUUAACGGAUAGUGACUUCUCCACCAGCUAAGCUGUCUCCGGCUCACUCGCUGCACGCGCUUUUCCGUCAUCGGAAUCCACUCCACCGCGUUCUGAUCGCUGUCAAAACCACUCCAGAAGUCUCGAUCGCUCAUUCUGUCACAGACUCGCUCGAUUGCGAACAAGUUUUACUCGUAGCUUUUUCAAUCAACUCGGUUGAAUCUGCUCGGUUAGGCUUUAUCUGAGCUAGGAUUAUGUGCCGGCUUUAUUGGUAGUGACGUUUUGAGAUUGUUCGGUUUAUAAGUUUCGUCGAAAUUAGGUGGAUUCUGAAUCGUUUUCUGCAGCAAGCUUCUGCUCUUUCGAAAUGCCAGUGAGAUUGAAAAUGCCGGAGAUUCUGUUGGGUUCUCACACCGUAAGGUCUCAUGGAGUGCAAGUGGCGAGGUUUCAUAUGCAUGAUUGGAUCAUUCUGGUUGUUCUUGCAGCCAUAGAUCUUGGUCUGAACUUGAUAGAGCCUUUUCACCGAUUUGUUGGAGAGGAUAUGAUGACAGACUUGAAAUACCCUCUGAAAGACAAUACGGUUCCCGUCUGGAGUGUUCCGAUAAUUGCAAUACUGUUACCUCUUGCCAUUAUUCUUGUUUACUACUUCAUCAGAAGGGAUGUCUAUGAUCUACACCAUGCCAUUUUAGGCCUUCUGUUUUCUGUCUUCAUAACCGCUGUUUUAACCGAUGCAAUCAAAGAUGGUGUUGGACGACCUCGUCCAGACUUCUUUUGGCGUUGUUUCCCUGAUGGAAAAGGGGUGUUUGAUCGUAUCACAAAGAAUGUCAUGUGUACUGGAAAGAAGAGUGUCAUUAAGGAAGGACACAAAAGCUUCCCAAGUGGGCAUACUUCAUGGUCCUUCGCAGGUCUUACUUUCCUUGCAUGGUACUUGUCAGGGAAAGUGAGGGUGUUUGAUCGUAAGGGGCAUGUUGCAAAACUCUGUAUUGUUUUUGCCCCAUUGCUUCUUGCAGCUAUGGUAGGAGUUUCUCGAGUUGAUGACUACUGGCAUCACUGGCAAGAUGUUUUUGCUGGAGGUCUACUAGGAGUCACUGUUUCUUCAUUUUGUUACUUGCAAUUCUUUCCACCGCCAUAUGACACUGAUGGUUGGGGACCUCAUGCGUACUUUCAGAUGCUGGCAGACUCUGCAAAUGCUCAGCCACUGUCCACCAAUGCAAAUAAUCUUAAUGUCCAGCAAGCAGAACUCGAGAGUAUAUACAUCCAUCAUCAGCAGGUUGUUGAAGCAUCACAUAGUCAAACCAGUAGUGGAGACACGAACCCCAUGCUAAAUGGUGGGAGAAUACACUAGCUCUAGGCUGUGAGUACGCGACUGCAGAAAGAAGUAAAGAGUUAGUGAUCAGAUAGAUGUUCAUACUCUAGGAUCCGUGGAUGUUUUGAGUUUCACUACAUGUUCUGAAAUCUAUAAUCCAUAGCGUAUUUGGACCAUCCUUUAUCGCUUAAGUAUGAUUAGUUGAUUCGAUUUAGGAUUUUUCUUGAUGUUCAUAUUACAUUGUUUCUAGAUGCUUGUCUGUCUGAACUCUGAAGAGUGAAGAGUGAAGAGUCUUCAAGUCUGGACACAUACACGUGAUACACUGCGAUUAUAUGUUUGUUUGAAUCAUGUAAUAUCUAGAAGGCACCCCAGACUUAAUUUUGGUCUCACUGAUAGGCUACAUAUUCCAGAACUUGGGUGCCAAGGAGAAGAAACAAACCCCAGGAUUUCAUUACUCUC